UAUAAUACAUGUUUGAAAAUCACUCUGGUAAAUUGUAACCAGUCUGUAUGUUGAAGCAAAAAUGUAUACAGUAUUGCCUUUUUGUUCCAGAUUGAACAUAUAAUUAAAAAUUCUUCGCAUAAGUGUCAUUAAAGUUGUGGUUUCUACGUUUGAGAAUUGCUGUGCAAUGUUCAUUGGUAAUCUUCAGACUUCAGAGGGUCUUGAAGCCCUAAAUAUUUACUUGUCAGAUAAAAGUUAUGUGAAUGGAUUUAGACCAAGUCAGAUUGAUACAUAUUUCUUUGAAACACUGGACAGUUGCCCAUCAGACAACUUUCCUCAUGUGUGUCGUUGGUAUCGACACAUUUCAAGCUUUGGAUUGGAACGGAGGAAUUUUCCCUCACAAAUUAAUGCUACAGAGGGUAUAAACAGGAAUGUCAGUGAAAGUUUGGUGUCCAUUAUGGAGAAUAACAGAAUUGACAGACCACAGAUGGCAAAAACAAAAGUACACAAGGACAAGAAAGAUAAGAAAGGAGUAGAUGACAGAGUUAAUGUUUCAGAGCUCAAUCCAUGGCCACCAUACAUAGAGGAAAGGAUUCAUUUGUGGAACAAGUUUAAGUUGCAGUAUGAGGCAGAACUGGCAGCUAAAAUACCAUUUCCUAUAAAGAUUACAUUGCCAGAUGGAAAAAUUGUUGAAGGGCAGUCAUGGCGCACAACUCCUUAUGAGGUUGCUAAAGGAAUCAGCCAGGGACUAGCAGAAAAUUCGGUGAUUGCCAAAAUAAAUGGAGAACUGUGGGAUUUAGACAGGCCUCUUGAAAAGGAUUCCAAACUACAGUUACUGAAGUUUGAUGAUGAAGAAGGGCAGCAAGUGUUCUGGCAUUCUACAGCACAUAUACUGGGUGAAGCUAUGGAGCGGGUAUAUGGAGGCUGCUUGUGUUAUGGACCUCCUAUAGAGAAUGGAUUCUACUAUGACAUGUUCAUAGAUGAUAAGCAAGUGUCUAAUUUAGAUUUUCCAGUUGUGGAGAAUAUCAUGAAAACGAUUGUGAAAGAAAAACAAAAUUUUGAACGUCUUGAACUCAGAAAGGAGGAUCUGCUGGAGAUGUUCAAGUACAACCAAUUCAAAGUACGCAUACUCAAUGAGAAAGUCAACGCACCAACAACAACCGUAUAUCGAUGUGGGCCACUUAUUGAUCUCUGCAGAGGACCACAUGUGCGGCAUACUGGGAAAGUAAAGUCUUUCAAAAUUACAAAGAAUUCUGCUACAUACUGGGAAGGGAAGAGUGAAGCUGAGUCUCUCCAGAGAGUUUAUGGAAUAUCAUUUCCAGACAGCAAGCAGUUAAAGGAAUGGGAAAAAUUCCAGGAGGAAGCUGCAAGACGGGACCAUCGGAAAAUUGGCAAGGAACAAGAAUUAUUCUUCUUUCAUGAAUUGAGUCCUGGGUCAUGUUUCUUCUUACCUCGUGGCGCAUAUAUAUACAACACACUUGUGGAUUUUAUUAAGUCUGAAUAUCGUAAACGGGGUUUCCAAGAAGUUGUCACACCAAAUAUCUUCAAUUCCAAGCUGUGGCAAACUUCAGGACAUUGGGCACAUUAUGCUGACAACAUGUUCUCAUUUGAUGUGGAAAAAGAAACAUUUGCUUUGAAACCCAUGAACUGUCCAGGACAUUG